ACUCCAAGACUCCAUCUUUGAAAUCGAAACACAAGUUCCUCUUCGUCGAAAACCCUAGAGUCAGGAAAUUUUCCCUCGCUUUCUCGCAUUUUCUCGAGAAAAAAAGAAGAAGGGAGGAGAUGUCGGGCCGCGGGAAGGGAGGCAAGGGGCUGGGCAAGGGCGGCGCGAAGCGGCACAGGAAGGUGCUGCGUGACAACAUCCAGGGCAUCACGAAGCCGGCGAUCCGGCGCCUGGCCCGCCGGGGCGGCGUGAAGCGUAUCAGCGGGCUGAUCUACGAGGAGACCCGCGGGGUGCUCAAGAUCUUCCUGGAGAACGUGAUCCGCGACGCCGUGACCUACACCGAGCACGCCCGCCGGAAGACCGUCACCGCCAUGGACGUCGUGUACGCCCUCAAGAGGCAGGGCAGGACCCUGUACGGCUUCGGCGGCUGAGCCAUUGUCUUCUCGGUGGAUUUUCUCAUCGUCUUAGAUGAGGGGUGGGUUGCUUUUGUAAAUCUGUGCCGGUGGGGAAUUAGGCUGGUGUUGUUGUAGGGCGGUUGGGGCAUACAGAGCAAUGCUUGUUUAUGUGCUGGGAUUCCCAAAAACCAUUUUGGGUUUAAUCUAAAUGUCUUAUUGUGUUUUCGUUUCUGGGUUUGAAUUUGUUUGUUUCGAAAUUUGAAAGAAGUUACCCGAAGGGGCCGAGUGAUCAAUGUCAAUGCUGAUCUUAAUUAGAUUGGAA